UAUAAAUUUCAAUACAGUGUUGGCACUUGGUCAUUGGUUUUGCUUUUUCGUUUGUAGUUUUAUAAAAUUCUCGAAUAAAACUUAAAAUGAGAUUUAAAUAUUACUUGAUUUUUACAAUAGUCUUAACAUUUUAUAAAACUGAUGCACAAACCCGUCCAAAAGGACUUGAAGAGAAAGUACAACAGUUGACUGAUUUAACAGCAAAGAAGUCGAUAAUAUCUUUAAAUUACAACCGAUUCAAGGAUUAUGUGAAGGCUCCACCCAGGGAUUAUUCUUUUAUUGUGAUGUUCACUGCUAUGGCUCCAUCAAGACGUUGUGCUAUUUGUCAACAUGUUUAUGAUGAAUUUUUAGUCGUGGCUAACUCAUUCCGAUUCUCACAAAUGUAUAAUAACAAACUAUUCUUUGGUAUGGUUGACUUCGACGAGGGAUCAGAUAUCUUUCAAAUGCUACGUUUGAAUACAGCACCUGUAAUCAUGCAUUUCCCAGCAAAGGGCAAACCAAAACCCGCUGACUCUAUGGACUUUGAGAGAGCUGGAAUACAUGCUGAGGCUAUUGCUAAAUGGAUACAAGAUAGGACUGAUGUACAAAUCAGGGUGUUCAGACCACCAAAUUACUCAGGUGCAGUGGCAUUAGCAAUGCUAUUUACUCUCGUAGCGGGAUUCCUGUACCUCCGCAGGAACAAUCUGGAGUUCCUCUACAACAAGCAGAUGUGGGCUGGAGCUGCUUUGAUGUUCUGCUUCACAAUGGUCUCCGGCCAGAUGUGGAACCAGAUCAGAGGACCACCAUUCUACCAUCGCUCAAAGAAUGGUCCGGUUUAUAUUAAUGGUGGCUCCCAUGGACAAUUUGUUUUGGAGAGUUACAUUGUUGCUGCUUUGAAUUGCGCAGUAGUUGUGGGGAUGAUUGCCAUGAUAGAAGCUGCUGGAGGUGUGAAGAACCCUGAUUUAGUUCGAUCCCAAGUUGACGGGAAGAAGCGACGAUUCCAAUCAGUUGUGGGACUUAUAUUGGUUUGUGUGUUCUUCUCUUUGCUUUUGUCAGUGUUCAGAGCAAAGACGCAAGGCUAUCCUUAUAGUUUCUUAUUUAAAUGAAUGAAGAAUGAAA